ACAUUGAAACAUAGAAUGCCUUGAAGCUAUAUUUUUGAACAAAAUGGUUAAAAUGACAAACUACUUUCCUAUUAUAUUGUUUGGAAUUAUUAGUUUCCUUACAGAAAGUGAUGCUGGAAAUGUAUCGAACAAUGAAUGCGUCAACUGCAGCGCAUACAGCGGAUCUUGUGAAGUUAACAGAACGGGCUGGGCCCCCUUUAAGAUGUCGUUGUUUGACUCUGAAAUAGUUCGUCCCAUAACCACAUUCGAGAUAGCGGAUUCGGAUACAAAAUUGGCUGGCUGCGUUAUUGAUGGUUAUACAAUAACUGAUGAAGUAGACACAUUCAUUUGCUUCUGGGCCCCAUAUUUUGGAUGUCAGACUGUCGCCAGCAAGGAUUAUGUUAACAUACAUCAUUUCCAUCGUAUCGCUUGCCAGCAAUGUUUUAAGUAUUGUCGUUGUACGACACAAACAAAUUCAGCAAUUCGCAAAUCAUUGAUACAAUUUGUCCACUUUUGUAUUUUUUUUGUCUGUUACUAUACAAUUUAAAUUAAAUUGUGUUGAAAUCACUAUUCCGAUAAAUAUAUAUGCACAGCUACUUUCACUUAGUAACUGGUUUCGCCUCUAAA